CUUUAACAAAACCGCGUUGAGCACAGACAACCAAUGACCCAUAUGCAUGACUCGAGACAAGUCAAAUACUAGGCAGCAGACAGACUUCUCUGCAAAUUCUCGUGCUUAACAAAGCCAAAAUCGGAGGCACAACGACCGUCUUUGUUAGCAGGCUCUCAACGAGAUAAGUUCUAGAUCCCACAACAAGAUUAGAUUCGAUUUGAUUCGAUUCGAUUCGAUUCCCCCGAGAAGAGAUGAGCUCCUACCGGUAUGAUUUCAACAAUUUCAAUCCCAAGCCACCAAGUGAUUUCGAUACUUUCAAUAACUCGGUCAACUCGGCGAUGGAUCGGUUCUUAGCUGCUGCCAUCAUUUCUGGUGUGGUGGGGACUGUAGCAACGGUAGCCAUCGUGUACUUCCUCAUCGAUUGCUUGAAGAAAGCAGGAACCGCGAUCCCAAGUUAUGCCAGGAUAGCUACCAAUGACUUGGAGAAAUUUCCACGAGUCAUUCGAUCUUCGCCGCCCGAGGUAAGCUCCGUUGCCUCACCAGCUACCUCGCAAGCUAUCUCACCAGGACAUAAUUGGGAAGUGCCCAAUGAGUUCGGUACCCUGGAGAGGUUCCUGAAGCCCACCAGGUUUUCUUCAGAGCAGCUAGCUGUUUACACCAGAGAUUACGCCACCUUGCUUGGUUCCGGCGCUUACGGAGUUGUCUUCAAAGGCGAGUUGCCAAACGGAACUCCGGUGGCCGUUAAAGUGCUCACGAAUGCCCACGACAAGAGAAUCGAGGAGCAGUUCAUGGCAGAGGUGAGCUCCAUAGGAAGAACUCACCACAUAAACCUCGUCAGGCUCUAUGGCUUUUGCUUCGACUCAACGACGAGGGCGCUCAUCUUCGAGUACAUGGAAAAUGGGUCCCUUGACGGUUUCCUGUUUGGGGACACGACAACAAUCGAUUGGUGCAAGAUGCACGAGAUUGCCGUGGGGACUGCGAAGGGGAUUGCCUACUUGCACGAGGAAUGCGAGCAGAGGAUCGUCCACUAUGACAUAAAGCCUGGGAACAUCCUUCUGGACCGGAACUUGAGUCCUAAGGUCGCGGACUUUGGGCUCGCCAAGCUCCAUAAUAGGGAAAGCAGUCGGAUCCUCAUGACGGGGUUUCGGGGAACUCCUGGGUAUGCAGCACCUGAGAUGUGGAAGCCAUUUCCAGUGACCUACAAAUGUGACGUUUACAGCUUCGGGAUGCUCCUGUUCGAGAUUGUGGGAAGGAGGAGAAAUCACGACCCAAAUCUGAGCGAGUCUACACAGUGGCUUCCGCGGUGGACUUGGGAUAUGCUACAGAAGGGUGAGUUGUUGGUAAUGGUCUCUCUUUGUGAGGUUCCCGAGAGUGAAAGAGAGAAGGCAUUGAGGAUGUUGAAGGUGGCUUUGUUGUGCAUUCAGUAUAAGCCGGAGGCAAGGCCAGCGAUGAGCACUGUGGUGAAGAUGUUGGACGGAGAUAUGGAAAUUCCGAUGCCGGAAUAUCCAUUUGAGUAUUUCGAUCCAGCUAAGCCUUAUCAGCUAUCCGAAAGUGGAAGUGAAUGGGACUCGGAGUCAUCCGCUUUGAGGACCGUGUAUUCCGAAGGUGGCUGCAGCAAGCCUGUGAAGCAAACUGCAGAAAAUGAAAUAGAGCUAGCUACCAUAUGACAUUAUUAGUAUACUUCGGACAAAGAUUUUCAUAAUUUAUUCUUUCCUCAUCUCUGGUACAUUCUGUAUCUUUAGAAUAAUCUUUGAGAAAAUUAGAAUGAGCUUGUACUCAUUAUGUAAGGAUUCAAUCAGAUUUAUACUCAAAAGAACAAUUCCUGACUAUUGUAAUCCUAUCAACACUCACUUCUCACAUCAAUUUAUGGAGAGUGUGGAUGGCAAAAUGGUCCGAUAUUGAUGAGGAGCUCCAAGAGAAACUGCAGCCGUCAGUUGCGGUGGUAGUCCAAGAACCAGGUCGAGCCAUAGGCUUUGCCAGGAUUCGGGUUUAGGGUGUUGGCUUCAAAGGUUUUUGGUGCUAUGGACUUCAUCGUUGGUUGUGGCUCCACAAGGGGAGGAUUGUCCUGGUCACCUGCCACUUCGGCGGCGAUGGUGAUGUUGUGACUACGCGCAAUUUCAUACGUUGCGGCUGAGGCACAAAGAGGGUGGAUGGUUUGAUGCGCUUAGUUGAGGGGCGGGAUGAAAUUAGUUUGGUUGAGUAUAAAGUGUUUGUUAAAAUGCAUAUAAGAGAUCGGGCUUUAAUUGCUCGUGUGGCGUGGACCAAUGGGGUCAAGUAUUUAUAUAGUGGCCUAUUUUCCAUGGAAUCGCCCACUUCUAUUUCUUUUUGGUAAAAACAAAAAAAGACAAGGAAAAAGAACUUGAGUACAUUUGUU